AUGAGAGGUCCGAAGGUGAUCGACAGUGGAACAAGGAGGGGCUCUAUCUACGACGACGUAAGCCACGAUUUGCGUUCAAGAAGCGCAAAUCCCAGACGGAGAACCAACGACCACCUCUCUCCAAUAGAGCGAUCAAGGUGUAACUAUGAGCGAUCAAGGGAGCCCGAUCGCGAUCAACGUUCAGAUUGGCGAUCAGCGAUCUACGUGAAGAUCAGCGGUCUAGAUGGUGAUCGACAAUCAACAUGGAGAUCGGUGAUCAAGACGCAGAUUGGCAAUCAAGGGGUUGAUCGGUCGUUCAAGCCGCAGAUCGGCGAUCAAGAUGCAGAUCGAUGA